GGACACUCCGUGACAUUUAUUUAUUUACAUGUCAUUACGGCGGAGAACGAUUUCAUAUCAUUUGUUUAAUCGCAAACGAGGGGAGUAUUUUCAUUUCGAAUCACUGAGCUGAAGUGCAAGAACGAGGUUUCAUGUGUUCGGAGUAACAAGGGUUGGCGACUUUGGGGGAAAAUGACGCGAUCGCCGGGGCUGCUUUGUCUAAGCUACUUUCUAAUCGCCGCUGCAGCGAUAACAGUUGUGAGCUGCAGUGAUGCGGAUUACUACGAUCAAGAUCUCCAGGACCACGAAUGGGACGUCCUGAUCUUCACACAACAAUGGCCUGUAACCGCUUGCUUCCACUGGAUUGAGGAAAAUCACAAGCACAGCUGCAGUCUUCCGAACAAAAAAGAAUUCUGGACAAUCCAUGGCAUCUGGCCAACGAAAUACGGGACGGUGGGGCCGAGCUUCUGUAACAAAUCCGCUGAGUUUGAUAUGAAGCAAAUUGAGCCAAUCGAGGACGCGCUGAAGGAAUUCUGGCCAAGCGUAGAAGCCGAUUUUGCGAUACAACAUCUGUGGGAGCACGAAUGGCUCAAACAUGGAACCUGCGCCGCCUCUUUAGUAGAAUUGGACAACGAACGACGUUAUUUCGAGCAAGGAUUAAACUGGCGGGACAAGUACCUCGUAUCGAACAUGCUGGGCGCGGCGGGCAUCCAUCCUGACUCGUCCAACACAGUCAUUGCUCUUCAGAAUGCCCUGAAGAAAACGCUAGAGAAGAAUCCAUCGAUUCAUUGUGUCUACGACCACGAGACCCAGACCAGCUACCUGGCCGAGAUCCGCAUUUGCUUCAACAAGACCCUGGGCCUUAUUGACUGCGACGGGGUCCCUGGCUCCCACAUCGCGAUAGAUUACCCGGGCGGGAAAGUUAUAACGAAUUGUCACAUAUCCAAGCCGGUGCAAUAUCCAAGUGUUGUGCCGCCUAUUCCACCCAAGUCGUGGAAGUUUCCAUUUGUAAAUCUUUACAAAUUGCUUAAUUUCGUGAUGUGGUUUACACUUUAAUUUGUUGGUUUUGGAGCGAAAGGUCGAGGCGUUCUUCUUGUUGACUAAUAUUGCUGCGGUAUUAUUCGUUAUUGUAUAUAAACCCAAAUUCAUCCCCAACUAGUUUUCUACUUGGUUCAGCAUUUCCCGCGUCGCCAUCUAUUCUUUUGCUUUACGUAUUUAGUCCUCUUAGCCUGUUUUCACCCUUCACCUGUUCGAAAGUCAUUAUAUUUUAAGAUUUUUUCUGUAACGAAGCUUUGAGAAUAGACGAUAGUGGGCCUU